AUGGCAACAAAUAUAUCCUUGUCUUUCACGGACUUACCGUUACUUGUACAAGAAAAAAUAAUAAAAUCAUUUUCAUAUGCAGAAUUAAGUCGUUUACGUUCAACAUCGAAACAUUUUCAUAGAUUAUGUUCAGAACAACUUAAUCGAGGUUAUUUUCAACUUGAAAUAAUUAUUCAUGAUUUACAAAAACAAAUUAAAACAAAAUUACCACGACGAGAAUCGGAACGACAUAAGCAUCCUCUAUCAACAAAAUUUGAUAUAAUAUCUUCUCUUGAUUCUCGUAUUCAAUGGCUUAAAUUAACAUUUGGUUCGGUCAUACAAAAUUCAUACUGUUGUUUUUAUCCGGGUCGAUUACUCGAUGAAAUUUAUUCAGUAUUAGAUCGUUUAAAAACACAACAAUCAUUUCCAAAUCCAUGUACACUUUUACAAGAAACACGUGAUAUGUCAUCAAUGGCAAUUGAACAUUUUCGUGAACAAAUUAAACCAAAAUUACAAUCAAUACGUAUUACUUCAUUAACAACUAUUCGCAAUAAUGUUUCAACAUUUUCAACAACUAGUAAUAAUUCAUUAUCGCAUUAUUGUAAACGAUCAACGAAUAGAAUACUUCGUCGACAAAUUGAUAUAUUAAAUAAUCGAAUUUAUAAACAAAAUUUUGUUAUUAAAUCUCAAAAAUAUCAAAUGAAACAUUAUAAACAAUUAUUACAUAUGCGUACAAAAUCUUUAAUUGAUCAUCAUAGACGUUUAAAAUAUCUUGAAAAAAAAAGUAAAGAAUCUGAACAAAUUUUACUUGAAAUACGAAAACAUAAUGAUGCAUUAGUACAACGACUUGAUCAAUUUAUUUUAGCAUAUGAUAAUAUAUCAACUGAAAUAGAUAAUAAAAAGUCUAAUGAAAUAUUUUCUCAAAUAAAUACGAAUUUAAAACGUCGAAGAAUCGAUUAA